AUGUCUCCAGACCUUGCUCAUUCAACGUUCGAAACUGAUCCCUUCACUCCAGUCACAUCACUUUCCAAUGCUUCUCUACCUGAUAAUGUCGGUAAGAAUCGAUGGGAGUACUCAAUUACACCCAACUCAAGAGGAGAUUUCGGCCUGCAGUUUUACGGUGGAAUCGACCAAGGCCUAAAUCCUACAAUCACUAAUGCAGAUCACGGAUUGUUACCUGGUGACAUCUUACUAAGCGUCAAUGGUGUUCCUGUAAGGGAACAUACCUACAAUCAGAUAAAGGAGUCCAUACAGUCAUCACUUGCUCUUGAAAGGCUGGUUGUUGUUGUCUACCGCGAAUCAAAGAGUUUCGAAGAAUCCUUGAACGCCGUUAAAGAGGGAAUUUUAUCAGGAUCUCUUGUCCGCCAGUUCGAGCAAAUUCCAACUCUUCGUCACGACUUAUCUAGAGCAACAUCAUUGCGUCAACAACAUCAAGUUAAAAAUCGCUAUAGAGAUGUACUCCCUUACGAUGAUACCCGAGUGAAACUCUCAAACAACACCUACAUUAAUGCAAGCUGGAUCGAUAUUCAUACCGGAAACUUUCACAGACAAUGGAUCGCGGCGCAGGGCCCUCUAGAAAACACAGUGAAUGAUUUUUGGAAAUGUGUUUGGGAAACCGACGUUAUUUCUAUUAUCAUGUUGUGCAGGACAGUUGAGUGUAUGCAGGACAAAUGCGCCCAAUACUGGCCGUCGGAUUUAUUUAUCGCCGAAGAGUACGACUCGAUUGAUGUGAUAAUGGAGGAAGAGGAGUUCUUGGACUAUGCUGUCAGGCGCAUCUUCGUUCUUUGUCACAAUUCGGGAAAAUCUCGAAAAGUUUGCCACUGGCAAUACACGGACUGGCCAGACCAUGGCGUCCCUGACAACCCGGACGACUUUUUGAAAUUCUUCCACAAUGUGCGUCAACAGCUAUCACCUCCAGAGCCUGUUUUGGUACACUGUUCCGCUGGUGUAGGGCGCACUGGCGUAACCAUCGCGCUUGACUCGUGCAUGGCGAUGCUGGAGCAGCGCAUUUCCGUAAAUCCAAUUAAUAUUGUGCAAAAAAUCAGAAAUCAACGAUGCAUGAUGAUACAGAACAGCGCUCAGUUUGAGAUGCUGCUGAAACUCAUCUCAUAUAUCGCUCACAGCCGUAGAAACGAAGACUACUGA